AUGGGGUUCUUUCAAUCGCUGUUCAACAAGGAAAGAGGUCAUCACGUAAAAAAGGAAGUGAUCACACCCAAAGAUACGCAUAUUACAACGGCAAAGACUCCAGCACCUCCAGUUUAUCAUAACACUGUAGUCACCACAGAGACCAUACCCGACCAACCUUCGAUCGCCAGUCGUCGCAGUAGUCGCCAGAGCAUCUCAUCUCAUCACAUUCUACCCGCUACGAGCCCCACUGUUCCACUAUCUCCUCAGCAAUCCAACUCUACCAGCACACACCCUUCAAACUCACCCCCCUUGUCUCAGCGCACUUCCAGCGACGCCGUGCGUCGAUUCCAACUUUUAGAAGAUGCUGCUUCGUUGAAUGGCCUGGUGACAGGUAUUGCCAACAAGUCGUUGCGUCUCACUCAAUGGGCCGAACGCAAGGUAUCAUUGGAAGAGAUCAUGAAGGAGCGAGCUGCAUUAGAUGUGCGUCUGCAUCGCAAACCAAGCGAAAUAACUCUGGCUGAAAAGUGGGGCACGUGUCAAGAGACGAUAGGAAAAGGUACAUCGGGCGUCGUCAGGGUGGCUCACAAGGUGGAUGGAACAGGUGAGCGCUUGUACGCCGUCAAGGAACUCCGUAAAAGAGCUCAAGAAACAGCCAAAGACUAUAUCAAUCGACUCACCUCAGAGUACUACAUCUCAUCCACCAUGCACCAUAUCAAUGUCAUUCAGACGUUUGAUAUUCUACCACAAAACGAGGUGUCGCCUAUAUUCUGCCAGGUCAUGGAAUACAGUGGCGGUGGAGAUCUGUUUGAUGUCUUGUAUGAUUCACCUGAUGGUUUGGAGGUGGCAGAGGCCAAUUGUUUCUUCAAGCAAUUAAUACGGGGUGUUACCUAUCUGCAUAAUAUUGGUGUUGCACACCGAGAUUUGAAGCCUGAAAACUUGCUGUUGACGACGUAUGGAUGCCUCAAAAUCUCAGACUUUGGAUCAGCUGCUUGUUUCAAGGGCGCAACGGUAGACAGUGAUGGUGAGGAAGACGACGAUGAAGAAGCAUGCUCCAAGAUCCACUUGAUCAAGGGCCUUGUUGGUUCAGAGCCGUACAUUGCACCAGAGGAGUUUAUCGAGCAAAACUACGAUGCGCGCCAAGUCGAUGUCUGGAGCUGUGGUAUCAUUUACAUGGCCAUGAGAAAAGCAACACAUCUGUGGCAAGUGGCCAAAAGCGGCCAAGAUCAAUCCUACGACAAGUAUCUCAAAUUCAGACAGUUGCUAGACGAAGAGCGCGAAAACGCCAGACGAGAGCAUUGCCAGCGAAAAAAAUUGGAAAAGACCUUGACGGAAGAAGAGAGAAUUCGAGAAAAAGCCAAGCGAGAAGCAGGUGUACUCAAGGCGAGGGAGACGAUUCGAAAGAGGGCGAAAGAAGGACGAUUUGACACAUUAGAAGGGAUUGAUAUUCAGGCCAAAAAGGUUGUCUAUCGCAUGUUGGAUCCAAAUCCAAAGAAGCGUAUUACUUCCAACGAAAUAUUAGACACAGAAUGGGUCAGAAAUAUCUAUUGCUGUCAACCUGAACAGUUAUCAUUAUCAUCAUCAUCAUGA